AUGGUUAGUGGUGAUGCUUCUCUAUUGAAACGUGCAAAUGUAUUGAUUCUACGUGUACUGUUCAAUAGGGAUUCACAUCCCUUCCAGGAUCGUACCAUCAUCUUAAAUGAUGUACUAAAAGUUGGACGUUCUGUGGCUCGUGUUAAACCUGCAGCAAACAAUGCUAUCUUUGACUGCAAAGUGCUAUCAAGAAGUCAUGCAUUGAUUUGGUAUAGAGCGGGCCGCUUUUGGUUACGCGAUACUAAUAGUAGUAAUGGUACUUUCGUGAAUAGUACAAGAGUUGUCAAGAAAAGUGACGAAGAGUUUGCUGACCGUGAGAUAUUUUCCCGUGAUAUUAUCCGCUUCGGAGUGGAUGUCGUUGAGCAUGACACAACUCAUGGCUGCAUCAUCGCUGAAGUUGCUCUAUACUUUCCUAAUGGAGUAGAAGCCAAAAAGAACGCUGUGCCUGUCAGCAGCAACAAUGGAACCAUUGGAGUAGAUACACUUCAUGCUGAGCAAAUGUUCCGUCUCACACACUAUAUCAGUGAGGCUUUGUUUCGAGAACAGGUUUUGGAUACGAAGCUCGAAUCCGUCAGACAGUUGUUGCAAGAGACACAAGACGUUUCUGAAGCUGGUUGGCAAGCGAUGGUGAAUGAAGAACGACUUCUAGAAAAGUUGAAUCUUUAUGAAACUCAACUUUCUCUAUUAAAGCAAGAUCUGCCUGAAGAUUCUCUACAAUCACAUUUGGUACAAGUUCUAGAGGAGAAGUUUAAUCUUGAGAAAGCGAGUAAAAUGAUGUUGGAACGCCUGCUAAAUGAGAAAACAGAAGUAUUUAGCAAAGCUACUGAUCUUGAGCAUUCUUUGACUGACUCUCAAAAAGAAUGUAUUCAUCUUCGUAAAAAAUACGAGAGUAUCCAAGAGGCAUAUCAAAAUCUGGCAAACGAAAGACAAUCAAAGCUACUGGCAUGUGAGAAUUCGGAAAAACAAAUUAAGGAAGACGAGGCAGAAAAGCCAUGUCCAGUUAAGACUGAUUAUAUUCAAUUCGAGAAAGUAUGGGAACUUGCUGAAGAGAGCUUCAAGCGUGCCAUAGAAGCAAAACAAAAUUUUCUCAUGAAUGGUUUGGGUAACGGUGUUUUGAAAACUCACGAGAAUCAUGAUGAAAAAUUAAAUGACGUUGAGCAACAAUCCGCUAUUGAAAAUAAUAUUGAUCAAACAGAAUUGUUUGAGUCUGAUUAUUUAAGCGAAAGCCAAGAAAAAUUGAACGACAUUGAGCAACAAUCCGCUAUUGAAAAUAAUAUUGACCAAGCAGAAUUAUCAGAUCUUCGUAAUUUAUGCAAAGUUCAAGGGCGGUUUGUUUCCACAGGUGAAGAAUACCAUCACUCAAAUACCAAUGAAGAAAUACUCGAUUGUAUUCAAUCUAUACAUCAUUGUUCCCAAUCUAUCAAAUCUAUUCAAAAUAAACUAAGUAUUUUGGCUGAGUUCAAGAAAUCAGACUCAUCAAUUCUUUCUACACCGGUGAACUCAGAUCCAAUAAAAAUGAAAACGGAUUCUUACCAAUCUAAUGAUUCUGUUAAUUGCAGUGUGAAUUCAGAGCGAAAAUAUGACGCAAAUGAUUGUAAAAAACAGACUUUUGAAGCAUCAUCACAGCGUGCAACAGAAUAUGCCGCAUUGAUUCUUAAAUUUCUUAGUCAUUUUCGUGAACAUUUGUGCUCUCUUUUUGCCUUGCACAAUGAGAGUGAUGAUUCUGACCCCCUUCACACUUUUGAUGAUAUAUGUGUACUCCCGGAUGAUUUAGUAACAACUCAUAUCAACAAAAGGGAUGUUAGCACUGAAACGGAGGCCUAUGACAAUCAAAAUCAAUUGACUGAAGUGGUUAUUGAUGAACUGACAAACUUGAAAGUUGUUGUAGAUCACUCCGAAACACCUAAUUUUAUAAAAACUCAAAUACAGGAGAACUUUCGAAACUUCGUGGAGAUUGAAGCCUAUAAGCAACUGACUGACGAUUUAAGAAAUCAAGAUUCUGCCAAAGCAGAAUUACUGUUAAUAGUCCGAGAAGAAUGUGAUGCAUUACGACGUAGAAUAACCGUUAUUGAGACUGAUGUGGCAACUAGUCGUGCUGAUCAUCACCGUCUUGUAUCUGAAGCUAGAAGAGCCCAGGCGGAAGCCGAUGAGUUAAUACGUGAGCGUGACAAGUUAUCAGAUCAACUCGUUGCUGCUAAUCGACAGGUGGAACAUUUACAAGGACUUCUUGCUACCACACUUUUGGGUGAAUCGAAACAUUCAUCGAAUUCUAAUAAGAAAAAUGAAACUUCUGUCGCAGAUUCGGCGUCUCAGACUAUUGCGUUAGUUAACCAGUACUCUGUAUCUUCCAGUCCGAAGAUCAGCCAUGUCCCAUUACAUGAACACUGUUUUUCGCUAUUUGCUGUCAUUCCCAUCAUGGUACUGAUUUGUGCAUUCAUGGCAUAUAUUUUCCUGAAGUUUGUUCAAUAA